ACGUCAGCGCCGUACGUCAGUGUGGAGGAAUGUGCGGAAACUUUUUUCUUUUCUGCGCUCGUUUCGUCGAAGGAAUCAAAACCAAAGUCCCGCAGCGGCAGCCAAGUGGAGCAAAGUGGAGCCAAGUGAGCGCCGGAGAGCCGCUUCUCGCCGAGGUGAAGAGCUGAAGUCAAGAUGGCCGCUCAGACGGUGUUCUCGGUGGAGAUGUUUCCCGUCAGUGUUCCUCUGAUGGAGGACGCGCAGAGCAGCCUGCCGAGGAACACGCUGCCGGCCCCUCAGCUGGUGAUGCUGGCAAACGUGGCGGCGGCGGAGAGCGGCGGCGGUGACGGCAGCGCGGCGGACGAGAAGGAGAUGAUGGAGCUGAAGACUGUGGGAUGCAGCUACUCGGACAGCGAGGAGGAGAACAUCGUCAGGUACAGCUACGACAACCAAAACUACAGAGAGGUGUGUAUCCUUGAGUACCCCGAGUCUCCCAGCCCUAACAUCGUCACCGUGGUUGUAGGAAAUGGCGUGGAGGAGGAGGACGGCGUCAAAGCUGAAGACCUGUCCCGUCACACUAAGUCCCGCCCCUCCCCCUCCGCCGCCACCAAAACACCCGAGCCGGUCACCGACCGCCGCCCCGUCCCCGUCGCCGCGACGGAUAGCACCAAGAAGAAGAAGCCCUUCCACUGCAAGCCGUGUCACUUCCAGGCUGAGAACGAGCGCGAGUUUGUCGAACACCUCGGCACUCACAGCGUCAGCAAGAUGAUGGUGGUGAACCGGGUCGAGGGCCGAAGCAAGACCAGGACCAAGGACUCUGCGUCAGCCGAGGCCCAGGCGCCGCCGGACGGGGACGUGGAGAGCGGCGAGGACGCGGCGGCGGGCGACGUCAAGGGGCUGAUCAGGUGCGAGCGGUGCGGCUACAACACCAACCGAUACGACCAUUACAUCGCGCACCUGAAGCACCACAGCAAGGAGGGCGAGGACCACAGGGUGUUCAAGUGCACUCUGUGUCCGUACACCACCGUGAGCCAGUACCACUGGAGGAAACACCUGAGGAACCACUUCCCCAGCAAGCUGCACACCUGCAGCCAGUGCUCCUACUUCUCCGACCGCAAGAGCAACUACAUCCAGCACAUCCGGACGCACACAGGUGUCCGUCCUUUCCAGUGUCCUUACUGCGACUACUCCAGUUCUCAGAAGACCCACCUGACCCGGCACAUGAGGACUCACUCCGGUGAGCGUCCUUUCAAGUGUGAGAGUUGCAACUACCUUGCAGCCAACCAGCACGAGGUGACCCGGCACGCCCGGCAGGUCCACAACGGCCCCAAACCUCUUUCCUGCCCAUACUGCGAGUACAAGACCGCCGACCGCAGCAACUUCAAGAAGCACGUUGAACUCCACCUCAACCCGCGACAGUUCCUCUGCCCGCUCUGCAAGUACGCCGCCUCCAAGAAGUGCAACCUGCAGUACCACAUCAAGUCCAGGCACUCCGGCUGCGACGUGUCCGUGGACAUCUCCAAGGUCAAGCUGCGGGUCAAGAAACCCGGUCCCGACGGCGCGGAGCAGAACCAGGACUCCGGAGCGGGCAAGUUUGACAAUUCGUCCGGUGGGGAGGAGGACUUUGAGAUGGAGGACGAGGACGAGGACUCGAGUCCCAUCAACCUGUCGACCAAAACGAGCGGCCGGCCGGUCGACGCCCAACCGGUUCAAACCGAAGCGCCCGACAAGUCUCCGAAGAAAUCCAGCGUCCCGGCUGAGAGGGAGAAAGGCCAGAAGGAGAAGGUGGAACCGGAGAAGAAGGUCACCACGAGGCAGAAGAAGACUGAGAAGGUCAACAAGAGUCCCCCGGAGACGGAGACGACGACCGCCGUCUCUGUAAAUGCAGACAAGGGGAAGAGACGAAUCAAGAAGCUGCCGGUGGAGACAAAACCAGACCGGCAAAGAUCGGAGGAGGAAGCGAGUCGGAAAGAGGAGGAGAAGCCGAGGUCUGAGAAGGAGAAGCCGAGGUCUGAGAAGGAGAAGCCGAGGUCUGAGAAGGAGAGAGGACAUCAUCAGAAGAACGAGAGCAGUGGAAAGGAGAACAAAGGCCUGAACAAGACGAGGAAGUCCGGAUCAAAGAAUCCAAAGAGGAGACCAGAGCGCGUAGAAGAAGCUCCUCAGAAACCGGAGAGUCCUGAGAAGGCGGUGAAGGAGAAGGCUGAGAAGAGGAAAGCGGCAGAGGCUCUCGACCUUUCCCAAAAGUCCCCGUCCGAGACGCCAUCCAAGGCCAAGCGGCUGAAGGGCGGCGCGGCGGAGAAGCCGCGGGCGAAACCCGCUGCAGAAGACCCAAAGAAGAUGGACGAGGCGACUCCCGCAGCACCGAGGUCCACCGGGUCCACCCGGGCGAAGCAGAAGAAGACCAGGAACACCGGCAGGAAAGCCACAAGCCUUCAACCAACCGGGGAUCCAGUUGAAGACCAGAAGACGUCAGACGGCCAGAAGACGUCCACUCCGACAUUGCAAGAGAAGACUCCGGACCAACCCACCUGCAGCUCAGGCGAGGACAAGUCGUCUCCAGCUGAAGGCGGCGCCGCUCCCACGUUCGUUAAACCCGCGUCGCCGCCUUCUCUGGUGCUCCCGGGCCAGCGGAACAAAGCCGGCGCCGGCGGCGACCCGGAGGACGACGAGGGCAUCCACAGCAGCCACGAGGGGGGCAGCGACAUCAGCGACAGCGCCUCGGAGGGCAGCGACGACUCCGGCCUCAACGGCGCCGGCGCCGGGUCGGGGAAGAUGGCCAACGACCCCGAGACGCCCACCGACGAGAUCCCGACCCCGACGGGGCUCAAGAGUCACCUGUGCAUCUUCUGCGACCGCACCUUCCCGUUGGAGGCGGAGUACCGGCGCCACCUGAACCGCCACCUCGUCAACGUCUACUACAUGGACGACGCCGCCAAAGCUCCGAAAUGAAAAACCAGUUCGUUCCCAGUCCUCACUGGUUUCCCCUUGGCCGAUUUCCUCUUUCCCAGUCGACGCACUCCUCAGAACUGGUUCUUCUUCUGCCUCGUGGGUCACAGCUGGUGCCAAAACGAAGCGGUAGGCCUGAAGCCUCCCGUGUUUGACGUCAAGUCCAGUUCUACGUCGGGGACCGGCUUCUCUUGGACCCCACCUGAACGGGCCUCAGGUCCACGCUUCAUCACACCCCCCCCCCCCCCCCUCCCCCCCCCCGCCGGCGGUUCUGGCGGUCCAAAUCUUUUUAAAAACAUUCGGUGCCUUUUUGACAAUCAACUCCGUGUGAAGUCUCACGUUUUUUAGUUGUUUUUUUUUAGUGAAAUCUGCAGAACGGGUUCUUUAACUUGUACAGUGUGAAUAUUUGUUCUUUCUUUGAGUUCUUAUUGGUUAACGAGAUCACACACACACACACACACACACACACACCGCUUAUUAACAAUGGAGCUCCAGCUUGUUUCCUAAUUAAUAAUAAUUCAGUGCAAUAUUCCAAAGUGAAUUUCACUUUCGAGACUCGUGGAGUCGUAAACAUGAAUUCUUCUUUCUGUUGUUUUAUAUUUAGUUUUUCACGUGUUUAUUUCUAUCAUAACUGGUCAACCGAUGGUUUAUUUUACUGGUGAAUAUGUUUCCAUAAAUAUUAAAAACAACAGUCGACAUGUUUUCCUUCAUAGUUCUUAUUAAUAAAGAUAAUUAACAGAGUCUUUGUCCUUUCAUGUUUGUUCAUUAAAUAAUGGAAACUAGAUGUUAUUAAAGAACAUUUAAUCUGCAUAUUUUUCUUCUCUGCGUUUCUUUAAUAAAGGAUUUUCUAAAUCAA